AUGACACCUGUCAAUGAUACCAAAUCACAAUUUGCAGUGUUCCUUCUCACUGGGAUACCUGGUCACGAAGACAUCCAUCUCUGGAUCUCCAUCCCCUUCAGCUUCAUGUAUGCUAUUUCGAUAGUAGGAAACGCAGUCAUUAUGUACUUUAUAAAAACAGACUCAAGCCUCCAUGAGCCAAUGUACAUUUUCCUUUCCAUAUUGGCCCUCACAGACCUUGGCUUAUCGAUAGCCACCGUACCAACGAUACUGGGUAUAUUCUUGUUUAACUCCAGGGAGAUCAGCCUCAAUGCCUGUUUUGCCCAGCUGUUUUUCAUCCAUUUUCUUGCAAAAAUCGAAUCCUCCAUUCUCUUGCUGAUGGCCUUUGAUCGGUUCAUCGCAAUUUGUAAUCCACUGAGAUACGCUUCCAUCUUAACCCUGCCAAGAAUAGUCAAAUUGGCACUGGUAUUUGUGGUAAGAGGGGUGGCCGUAGCAUUUCCAUUCCCUUUCCUCCUGAAACGAUUCCCAUACUGCCAAGCCAAUGUCCUCUCCCAUUCCUACUGCCUGCACCAGGACGUCAUGAAAUUGGCUUGUGCGGACAUCACUGUCAAUGUCAUCUAUGGCAUGUUCACUACAGUCUUCACAUUGGGGCUGGACUCGCUGCUCAUCUUCCUCUCGUAUGUGAUGAUCCUCAAAACUGUGCUGAGCAUUGCGUCCCGCACGGAGAGCCUCAGGGCCCUGAACACCUGCGUCUCCCACCUCUGCGCUGUCCUGCUCUUCUAUGUGCCAGACAUUGGCCUGGCUGUGCUACACAGAUUUGGGGACAGCUCUUUCCACUUGCUUAAGAUUCUCCUGGGCUACGUCUACCUGCUGGUCCCACCUCUGAUGAACCCAAUUGUGUACAGUGUGAAAAGCAAACACCUUCGUGCAAGGAUCAUCCGGGCGUUUGUCAAGUGA